AUGUCGACAAUGAACAGAAAACUGAUGGAAAGCAUUACUGACAAAAUGUGCAAAGACGUGGAGCGCUUCGACAGAAGUGAGAUCGAGUGUCUAAUACGAGAGUUUUACGCGCUCCUGGGGGAGCAGACUGCACAUGGGAAGGCUGUCCCGGGACUGGACAGAGGGAAGUUCAGAAGUGUGCUGCACCAUGCAUUUGACAUAACAGAUGACAUCAUCAUGGACGGAGUCUUCAGAACCUUUGACAAAGACAAUGAUGGUUAUUUAAGUGUGAGAGAAUGGAUUGCUGGCUUGUCUGUUUUUCUCCGUGGGACAUUAGAUGAAAAAAUAAAAUACUGUUUUACAGUCUAUGAUUUAAAUAAUGAUGGCUACAUCUCCAGAGACGAGAUGUUUCAUUUCCUGAAGAACAGUCUCACAAGUCAGCCGAACGAGGAGGACCCUGAUGAGGGCAUAAUGGACCUGCUGGAAAUGACGCUUAAGAAAAUGGAUCAUGACCAUGAUGGAAAGUUAUCGUUAAUGGAUUUCAUUACAGCUGUAAAAGAGGAGAACCUUUUACUUGAGGCGUUUGGACAAUGUCUUCCAGAUUUAACGGCAAUUUAUACCUUUGAGGAACGUGUAUUUAGAAUGUAGGAGGAACAGUGAAGUCAAUUUAUUCGUG